AUGUUUGAAAAGUUUCAGGAGAUAGCGACAGAGGGAUGUCGUGCAAGUGCUGCGUUUGUAAUUAACAAUGAAAGCUACAUUGCCUUUGCAAGCGAGGUCACUGAUUCGAACCUGGUAUCAUUAGUCGUCUAUAAGUGGUCGGGCAAGAACUUCGGAAAAUUUCAGACGCUUCGAACGAAUAGAGCAACGGAUGUGAAGUCCUUUUACAUCAAUGACCACGUUUUUCUAGCCAUAGCCACUCGGGAAGAUUAUAUCAACUCCCCCUCGUUCAUUUACAAGUGGAAUGGCAGACAGUUUGUCCCUUUUCAGUCCAUUGGUACCCUUGGGGCCAGGGCCUGGUACCCAUUUGUCAUAUGCGGUCAAACGUUUCUGGGUGUGGCUAAUCAACAGGACAUAUCACGUUCCAGGUACAACAAAAGGUUCAACAUAGAGUCAGUCGUGUAUCGUGCUUCUGGGGACCAGUUCACUGCAUAUCAAGAGAUUUCAACCUUUGGAGCGACUGAUAUGACGUCAUUUGAAUACAAGGGUUACACUUACUUGGCAAUUGCAAAUUCAUGGAAUGAUGACAACCAAAGAAACAUUGACAGCACGCUGUACAAGUGGACCUAA